UACGUAUGCAUAUCCGAUCGAUACAAGUAUAUCCGAUUAUUCUAUUCAGGUUCUCAGUACAUAAUAUGUACCGAUUAGAGACAAUGACAUAAAUCUUGGUUUCAUAUAAUUGGUAGCAGUUGAUUUAGCUUUGUCGUGUUGUUGAAGGAGCUCAACAAUCUUUGCGCCAUUUUCAACUCCCGCCACAUUACUUGACGGAGCAGUUGGGGAUCUUUCGUCUCUUUAACUAUUUUUUCAAGUCCUUUUUUGCAACCACAUUUCGAGUUUUCUCCGAUGCAGACCGGAAAGAUUCGAGAGUUCUUUUGCAGUGAUCAGGGGUCUUCCAUGUUGAGGAUUCUGAGAAGAAAACUACGGCAUCUUUGCUCGAGAAUACAGCGGCUGAUGCGGAAGCGACCGAGGACGAAGGUCAUCAUCCGAAGGCUUGGGAGGUUGAACUCGAAAGUUCAUCGAAAAGGAGAUGUUGGAACCAAAAUUUCCAACAUUGAUUUAUAUGGCAACUUGGGAUUUUGCAAUCCUAAAAGACCAAUAAGAAUUGCAACUUUUAAUGUUGCUAUGUUCUCUCUUGCACCAGCCAUUUCAGAAGCUGACGAAGCUGGUUUAUUUAGCUAUGGAGAUGAUGAUUAUAUCGGUUUCAAAGCUCCGCUUGAGUUCGGUAUUCAUAACAAGUCUCCGAAUCAUUAUCCGAAGAGUAUACUCAAGCAAUCUCCCCUGCAUAACUCCCACAAGCAAAACAAGCUCUCCAGAUCAAACCUCAAGGUUUCAAUCAACCUUCCUGAUAAUGAGAUUUCAUUGGCACGGAGUAAAUUUCUAAGCUUCAUCGAGGACGUAAACGAGGGCACAUCAGACUCAAUCACUAACAGAAUCAAUCGGGGGAAUGUAAUUAUGAGAUCGCCCGUUUGUUUGCCUGCGAAUAUGAUCAAAUUCUGGAAUGAAGGGGGCUCAAAAAACGGCAGAAGCAUUGCAGAAGUGCUUAGGGAGCUUAAUGCUGAUAUCUUAGCUUUGCAAGAUGUGAAAGCAAAUGAAGAAGAAGGGAUGAAGCCAUUAUCUGAUUUAGCUUCAGCACUCAAAAUGAAGUACGUUUUUGCCGAAAGUUGGGCUCCGGAAUACGGAAAUGCGAUCCUCUCGAAAUGGCCAAUCAAACAAUGGACCGUACAAAAGAUAGCCGACGACAACGAUUUCAGGAAUGUGCUCAGGGCCACCAUUGAUGUACCAUGGGCUGGAGAUGUGAACUUCUAUUGCACCCAACUUGAUCAUUUAGAUGAAAACUGGAGAAUGAAGCAAAUCAAAGCAAUAAUUGAAUCAAACAGCUCUCCUCACUUAUUACUUGGAGGUUUAAACUCUCUUAAUGCAUCAGAUUACUCGUCAGAAAGAUGGACAGAUAUUAUCAAGUACUACGAGGACAUAGGCAAACCAAGACCAAGAACUGAAGUCAUGAAGUUGCUGAGGGGAAAAGAGUAUGUAGAUUCCAAAGACUAUGCUGGUGAAUGUGAACCGGUGGUCAUCAUUGCCAAAGGCCAAAAUGUUCAGGGAACCUGCAAAUAUGGGACACGAGUCGAUUACAUUUUAGCAUCACCGAACUCUCCGUAUACCUUUCUUCCCGGAUCGUACUCUGUGAUUUCAUCAAAAGGUACUUCGGAUCACCAUAUUGUUAAGGUCGAUAUUGUGAAAGAAAGUGAGAAAUCUCAGAAAAAUGUCAUAAAAAAGCAUAUGAAUGUUGCCCAAAAGCUAGUAUGUUUAACGAACUGAAGAUGCUUUAGAAGCAUUUGGAACAUAAAUGCUUGAUGUUUUAUUUC